GUUGACCAUUACAAUCAACCAAGACUACUUCAGAUAUUUUAUUAAAAAAUCUCUUAUUUGAACUUGGUGAACAAGCCACAUAGAUGACUGAGCUCGCACGAUAUAAAGCGAGCAAGAGUGAGGAGGUGACACAACACAAAAAUGGAAGAUUUGAAGUUACAUGGAUUUUGGUAUAGUCCCUUUACGAUGAGGGUGGUAUGGACCCUGAAGUUGAAGGGUCUAGCAUAUGAGAACAUUGAAGAAGAUCGCUACAAUAAGAGUCCUCAACUUCUAGAAUACAACCCUGUGCAUAAGAAGACUCCAGUGCUUGUUCAUGGUGGAAAACCCAUUUGUGAGUCCAUGAUCAUUGUUCAAUACAUUGAUGAGUUAUGGCCACAGAAUCCAUUGGUCCCUCAUGAUCCCUAUGAGAGAGCUCAAGCAAGGUUUUGGGUUGCAUAUUCUGAACAAAUGAUUCUUGGACAGAAAGACUAAGACUGAGAGACAGAGAC